AUGUCUUCCACGUUCUAUGAUGGUAAAACACCCUUAGCACCAAACACGACGUUGGUGGCCGUGGACAAAGAUAAGAACAGUUCCUACGCAUUUCGUUGGGCGGUUAAUCAUCUCGACAACCCUCUCGUCCUUGCCGUCCAUGUCAAACACAAAGACAACAUUUGUAGCCGUAGGUACCCUCUUGAUCUCGUUACUGUUUAUGAACCCGAUGAAGACGAUGUAGCCAAUGUGUUCGGCAACUUACGUGGACUUUGUAAUCGAAAAGCUGUGCAAGUAAAAGAAGCCGUAAUCCAUGAAAGCGAUGUUGUGAGAGGAAUUGUGGAAUUUGCAAGCAAGAAUUUCAUACACACUAUUGUGGUUGGUGCACCAGCCAACAAGGGUGCUUUGUCAAGGUUUAUUUAUUUAGGGCACCAAACUGAUGUGCCAACAGCAUUGCUUAAAUCAGCUCCAAAUUUCAGUUCUGUAUACGUGAUUUCCAAAUGGAAAAUUGUUUCGGUUCGAUCUGCAACACGUGCCAUCCAACAUGCCCUUGCCCCACCCAGAACUCCACCGCGGCUAUGGCAAUCACCACCCUCUACUCCUACUCCUUCCAGACAACCGCAAUCAAAAUCACAACCUGUUAUGCACCACUAUCCACAUAGUGAACCAGAUAUGGGAGGAACAAGAGGAAUCUCGUUCCGUGAUAAGCCAAUGAGUGCAGGAAAUUCUCCAUUAAUGGGUAAUAUCUUUGAAGACACACCUCCUCAUCUAAGACAUUUCUCAAUGGAUGACUGUAGAGAAAUAUCAAUGGAUCACAACCAAACUACUAACUUCAGCUUCUCAUCAGAAUUCUCAUCAACCUCAAUCUCUUCUUCUACUAGAGAUAUUGAUGCAGAAAUUAGAAGAUUGAAGCAGGAACUGCAGCAAACUAUAGACUUGUACAGCACAGCUUGCAAACAAGCCAUCUCAGCCAAGAAAGAGGCUGAAAUGAUGCGGCAUUUGAAAAUGGAAGGGGAGAGAAGAGUUGAGGCGAUUAGGAUGUCUCAAGAGGCAGCUCUUGCCAUUGCAGAAAGGGAGAAGGCAAGGGCCACGGCAGCCUGGGAGAUGGCGGAGGAUGCGAAGAAGAGGGCUGAACUGGAAGCACAGAGAAGAAGGGAUGCAGAGUUGAAGGCGGCGAAAGAGGCAGAGGAGAAGGAGAUGGCACUAACUGCUUUGGCUCACACCGAUAUGCGAUGCAGGAGAUACACCAUGGAGGAGAUUGAAGCAGCUACAGAGAAGUUCAACCCUUCAAGAAAAAUUGGAGAAGGUGGAUAUGGUUCUGUCUAUAAAGGUGAUCUUGAAAAUACCCCUGUUGCAAUUAAGGUCUUAAAUCCUGAAGCUGCUCAAGGAAGGAAACAGUUCCAACAAGAGGUUGAGGUACUAAGCUGCAUUAGACAUCCUAAUAUGGUUCUGCUCCUUGGUGCUUGUCCUGAAUCUGGUUGCUUGGUGUAUGAAUACAUGGACAAUGGUACCUUAGAAGAUAGAUUGUUCCGGAAAGAUAAUUCACCACCUAUGCCAUGGAGGCUGCGGUUUAAUAUAGCUGCUGACAUUGCAACUGCUCUCCUUUUCUUACACCAGGCGAAGCCAGAGCCGAUUGUUCAUCGUGAUCUCAAACCAGCUAACAUUCUUUUGGACAGGAAUUAUGUCACCAAAAUCGCAGACAUCGGUCUGGCAAGAUUGGUUCCUCAAUCUGUAGUGGACAAUGUCACACAAUAUUACAUGACCUCGGCUGCUGGAACAUUCUGUUACAUUGAUCCUGAGUACCAACAAACUGGAAUUUUGACCCCAAAAUCAGAUGUAUAUUCUUUGGGAGUAGUACUAUUGCAAAUAAUCACAGCCAAACCUGCUAUGGGACUUUCUCACCAUGUUAGGAGGGCAAUUUCAAAGGAAAAAUUUGAAGAUAUGCUUGAUCCUAUGGUGUUUGAUUGGCCAGUUGAGAAGGCUCUAGAAUUUGCCAACUUAGCAUUGGCCUGUUGUGAGCUCAGAAAGAAGGACAGGCCGAAUCUCGCAACCGUUGUGUUGCCGGAACUUAAUCGGUUAAGAGAAUUUGGAAGAUAGGAGCUAGGUUAGUACAUUAUGAUCUAAAUUCCUUUUAGAAAAGAAAAGAAUACAUGCAGAUAU